AUAAGUUCUCUCUUGACCCAUAGUCCUUUGAGGCCCUUUGCUUGCUAAAAGUAAAAACCCUUUCAUUGAAUCCGCACUGCUGGUAUUUUUUGUCAUCUGGUUUCCUGGAGGAGAAAAAGUGGGAAAUCCCAAAUAGGAAAUGGAGGAAAUUGUUGUUACGAUUGCAGCAAAAGUUGCAGAGUACCUGGUUGCUCCAAUUGGACGUUCAUUUGGCUAUCUGUUUAACUACCGCAGCAACAUUGAUGAUCUCAGGCAACAAGUUGAAAAGCUGGGGGAUGCCAGGGCUAGGUUGGAGCGAUCUGUAGAUGAAGCUAUUAGGAAUGGGGAUGAAAUUGAAGCUGAUGUUGACAAGUGGCUUUUGCGUGUUAGUGGGUUCAUGGAAGAGGCUGGCAAAUUUUUUGAGGCUGAGAAGAAAGCAAACCAGAGCUGUUUCAAUGGGUCCUGUCCAAAUUUGAAGUCACAAUACCAACUGAGCAGGGAAGCGAAGAAGAGGGCAAGGGUUGUUGCUGAAAUCCAAGGAGAUGGAAAAUUUGAGAGGGUAUCAUAUCGUGCUCCUCUGCCAGGGAUAGGAUCUGCGCCUUUCAAAGGUCAUGAAGCUUUAGAAUCAAGAAUGACUACUUUGGAUGAAAUUAUGGAGGCCUUGAGGGAUGCUCAUGUCAAUAUCAUUGGGGUAUGGGGAAUGGCUGGUGUGGGGAAGACCACACUGAUGAAACAAGUAGCUAAACAAGCUGAAGAAGAGAAGUUAUUUGAUAAGGUGCUUAUGGCUUAUAUAUCUUCCACUCCUGAGUUGAAAAAAAUUCAAGGUGAACUUGCAGACAUGCUUGGUUUGAAAUUUGAGGAGGAGAGUGAAAUGGGAAGAGCGGCUCGACUAUGUGAGAGGUUGAAGAAAGUGAAGAAGAUCCUCAUGAUUUUGGAUGAUAUUUGGACUGAACUCGAUCUGGAGAAAGUGGGAAUUCCUUUUAGAGAUGAUCAUAAGGGAUGUAAAAUGGUGCUCACCUCUAGAAAUAAACAUGUAUUGUCCAAUGAGAUGGGUACUCAAAAGGAUUUCCCUGUUGAACAUUUACAAGAGGAAGAAGCAUUGAUUUUAUUUAAGAAGAUGGCUGGUGAUUCCAUUGAGGAGCCAGAUUUGCAAUCCAUAGCAACUGAUAUAGCAAAAGAAUGUGCGGGUUUGCCAAUUGCAAUCGUAACAGUGGCAAAGGCAUUAAAAAACAAGGGUUUGUCUAUAUGGGAGGAUGCCUUGCGACAACUAAAGAGGUCUAUUCCAACAAAAAUUAAAGGAAUGGAUGCAAUGGUAUACUCAACUUUGCAGUUGAGUUACAAACACUUGGAGGGUGAUGAAGUUAAGUCCUUGUUCUUACUUUGUGGUUUAAUGUCUAAUAAGAUUUAUAUUGAUGAUUUAUUGAAAUAUGGUAUGGGUCUGCGAUUGUUUCAAGGAACUAAUACAUUGGAAGAGGCAAAAAAUAGAAUUGAUACAUUGGUCGAUAGCCUCAAAGCUUCAAAGCUGCUACUAGACACUGGCCACAAUUCAUUUGUUAGAAUGCAUGAUGUUGUUCGUGAUGUUGCCAUAGCAAUUGUAUCCAAGGUCCAUCAUGUAUUUUCUCUGCGAGAAGAUGAAUUGGCAGAGUGGCCAAAGAUGGAUGAACUCCAAACCUGCACCAAGAUCUCUCUGGCUUACAAUGAUAUUUGUGAGCUUCCUAUAGGAUUGGUAUGUCCGGAACUUGAACUCUUUUUAUUCUAUCACACCAUUGAUUAUCAUCUGAAAAUCCCAGAGACAUUUUUUGAAGGGAUAAAAAAACUCAAAGUUUUAGACCUUUCUAAUAUGCAUUUUACAUCACUACCUUCAUCACUCCAUUGCCUUACAAAUCUUCAAAGAUUGAGUUUGAAUUGGUGCAAGUUAGGAGACAUCUCGAUAAUUGUAGAGCUAAAGAAACUAGAAUUUCUUAGCUUUAUGGGUUCGAAUAUUGAAAAGUAGCCCAGAGAAAUAGCACAGUUGACCCAUCUAAGGCUGUUUGAUUUGCGGGACUGUUCCAAACUUAGAGAAAUUCCACCAAAUGCCAUAUCAAGCUUGUCCAAAUUAGAAAAUUUGUGCAUGGAAAAUAGUUUUACUCUAUGGGAGGUGGAAGGAAAAAGUAAUGCUUCCAUUGCCGAGUUAAAAUAUUUGCCCCAUUUAACUACUUUAGACAUACAAAUACCAGAUGCCAAACUGUUGCUGACAGACGUCCUCUUUGAGAAGUUGAUAAGAUAUAGAAUAUUUAUAGGUGAUGUCUGGAGCUGGGAUAAAAAUUGUCCAACCACAAAAACAUUGAAGCUCAAUAAGCUCGAUACAAGCCUUCAUCUAGCUGAUGGUAUUAGCUUACUGUUGAAAGGAGCAAAAGAUCUACACUUGCGUGAACUGAGUGGUGCUGCAAAUGUUUUUCCCAAGUUAGAUAGGGAAGGUUUUCUUCAAUUAAAGCAUCUCCAUGUUAAAAGAAGUCCAGAGAUGCAACAUAUCAUGAAUUCAAUGGAUCCAGUUCUGUCACCUUGUGCUUUUCCUGUUCUGGAGUAAUUAUUUCUCAAUCAGUUGAUUAACUUGCAAGAAGUAUGUCAUGGCCAACUUCUAGUAGGGUCCUUUAGUUACUUAAGAGUUGUAAAAGUGGAACAUUGCGAUGGUUUAGAAUUCCUCUUUUCAAUGUCUAUGGUUAGAGGCCUUUCAAGACUUGAAAAAAUAGAAAUAACUAGAUGCAAAAAUAUGUAUAAGAUGGUUGCACAAGGAAAAGAAGAUGGAGAUGAUGCUGUUGAUGCAAUUUUGUUCGCUGAGCUGAGAUACUUGACAUUACAACACUUACCAAAGCUCAGAAAUUUCUGCUUAGAAGGGAAAACAAUGCCUUCCACCACGAAGAGGUCACCAACAACUAAUGUAAGGUUCAACGGCAUUUGUUCAGAGGGUGAACUUGAUAAUCAGACAUCGGUUUUCAACCAACUGGAGGGUUGGCAUGGUCAACUCCUACUUUCCUUCCGCAACCUCCAGUCCCUGAAGAUGAAGAAUAGCGCUUCACUGUUGAAAGUACUCCCACCCAGUUUGCUUCAAAACUUACAGAAUUUGGAAGUACUAAUAGUGGAAAACUGUAAACAAUUUGAAGAAGUAUUUGAUCUUGAAGGGCAAAAUGUUGAUGAUGGACAUGUUGGACUCCUGCCUAAGAAAAACUGAGUUUAAUUGGUUUGCCUAUGUUGAGACAUAUAUGCAACAAGGACCCUCGACACAUUCUGUGCUUCCAAAACCUGAAAUGGUUAAAAGUACACAAAUGUGGCAGCUUGAGAAACCUUUUCCCUGCUUCUAUGGCCUUGGGUCUUAUGGGCACUAUCAUAUUUCCUAAGUUAAUCCAUCUUUCACUAGAAUCUUUACCCAGCCUAACAAGUUUCUAUCAAGCAUAUCAUGUUCUAAAAAGGUUUGAUUCUGCAGAUGAUAUCCCAGUUGCAGUGCUCUUUAAUGAGAAGGCUGCGUUGCCUAGCUUGGAGCUAUUAAACAUCUCAGGACUGGAUAAUGUGAAAAAGAUAUGGCACAACCAACUACCUCAAGAUUCCUUCACCAAACUAAAAGAUGUGAAGGUGGCAUCCUGUGGACAACUGCUGAAUAUUUUUCCAUCCAGUAUGUUGAAAACGUUACAGAGUCUACAGUUUCUGAAAGCAGUGGAUUGUAGUUCAUUAGAAGAGGUUUUUGAUAUGGAAGGGAUAAAUGUGAAGGAAGCUAUAGCAGUCACUCAGUUGAGUAAAUUGAUUCUACAAUUUCUGCCAAAGGUUAAGCAGAUAUGGAAUAAGGAACCCCAUGGAAUUCUCACUUUUCAAAACUUAAAAUCAGUAAUGAUUGAUCAAUGUCAGAGUUUGAAAAAUCUUUUUCCAGCAUCUUUAGUCAGAGAUCUAGUGCAACUUCAGGAACUACAAGUGUGGUCUUGUGGGAUAGAGGUAAUUGUUGCAAAGGACAAUGGAGUCAAGACAGCAGCUAAGUUUGUAUUCCCUAAAGUAACCUCUCUCAGACUCUCCCAGCUACAUCAACUUAGGAGUUUCUACCCAGGGGCACAUACUUCACAGUGGCCAUUGUUGAAAGAACUGAAGGUGCAUGAGUGCCCUGAAGCCAAUUUAUUUGCAUUUGAAACUCCAACAUUCCAACAAAUACAUCAUAUGGGAAAUCUUGAUAUGCUGAUUCACCAGCCCCUUUUCUUGGUGCAACAGGUAAGGUCCCAAACCUUUUUGGAUGUGAUUCACCUCAUCAAGUUUCAUAAUUGUCAAGUUUUGUUUAAUUGUACAUUAAAUUUUCAUGUUAUUGUAGCAAUCACAAUUAGCUUGCUCAGCAGAUCAUGUAUUGGAUUGCUCCCUUGCCACUAUUUUUUCAGUUUUGCCAACCCUUAUAUAUGUUUAUAAAACCCGUCCAA